ACGUGAGCAAUCUGUCCCGUUUCACUUUAGUCGUCAAGAAGAAUAAAAAUGUAAUAUUGCAGGAUUUGUUUAACGUGGCGAUCUUUGAAGUGGAUUCUUCAUGACUUUGUGAACCCGGUCCAAGAGUAACCAUGCUUAAAUGGUUUUCUGGUGAAGAGGGAGAGCCCGGCUCUGGAGGCUCGGGCUCUCCACCCAGCCAUGCUGGUGGCGGAGAGAUUCCUGUGGAAGAAAUGGCAGAGAGGCUGACCCAGACUGAGCAGCUUGUCACUCAGCUGAAGGAGAUGAUUCGUGAAAAAGAUGCAGCUCUUUGCUCCAAAGAUGACCAGCUGAAGGCUGAGAAGGAGGCCUGUGAAGCCAAACUGUCCAAACUGCGUCUGCAGAACAAGGCCAAGGUGACGUCUCUGACGGCACAGCUCGAGGAGCUGAAGAAGCAGCAGGGGCCGAGCACACCAACACACGGCAAAAAGGGUUCAUCGGAAGGAGGAGAGCAAGCCAGUCGAGGCAAGAUUGUCCUGCUGAAGAAGAAGGUUGAUGAACUAGAACAGCAGCUUGGACAAAGAGAUGUGGAACUGGAAACCAAAAUGAAGGAGUUGGAGUCUCAGCGGCAGCGUGGUGAAGAAAUGGACGCUAUGCUGACAGAGAAGGACAAGAAACUGGCAGAAAAAGAGGCCUACAUUGUCCACCUGCAAACAGCGCUGGCUGGAGAUCAGCCCAUCACACCUGCACCACCACAGAAGGCUGAGGACGGCGGGGCGAUGCAGGAGCUGCAGUUGCUGGUACAGAGCUUGACUAAGAAAGUGGGGGAAGCAGAGGAGCGCUACAGUUUGCUGCAGGAGCAGACAGACAGCCUCAAAGACCUGCUGGCUACAGAGAAGGAGCAGUACAGCCAAAAGGAGAGCAUGUACAAGCAGAAUAUCCAGACCUUCAAAGACAUCAUCAUUCAGAAGGACAGCCAGCUGAUGGAGAUCAACCAGAUGCAUGAACAGGAGCUCUUCAAGCUAGCAGCCAAGUCAGAUGCCAGUGCAGACUUGGAGCAGCUUCUGAAGGCUCUAAAACAGAAGCUUCAUGAGAAAGAGGAAGUGCUGCUGGGUAAAACUCAGGUCAUUGAUGUUCUCCAGGGAGAGGUGGACGGGAGAGAUCAGCAGAUAAAGGAACUCUCAGAGCGGCUGCAGAGGCUACAAGUUGAGCGAGAGAGCCUUGAAUCCAAAAUGGAGGCAGAGAAGCAUGUGAUGCGAGCACAACUCCGUGACCUGAUGGAGAAGCAGCAGGCAGAGGUGCAGCGAAUGACCGAGCAGCAUCAAGCACAGCUGGAUCAAACCCAACAGGAUCUCAUGAGGCAGCUGGAGGACCUGAGGAGAGCCCAGGCAGCAGCACCACCUGCCAGUCAGGAGGCAUCAGGAAGUGGAAAUGUGCUCACAGAUUCAGCUUCCAUCCAGAGGAUAGCUGAGCUGGAAGCACAAGCAAAGCAGAAAACAGAUGAAGCCAGCAGAUCAGAGGCCAAGUUCCUAAAAAUGAAAGCUUGGUCUAAAAGUCGAAUCAGACAGCUGGAGGAGGAACUGAAGAGAAGCCAGGCUGGAGUUGCUCCCCCAGACCUGACUGCCCUGCGGAGUCGCAUCACUGCACUCGAGGAGGAGAGAGAAGAAAACCUCUGGAAGGUGGAGCAAUACGAGGAGGUUAAAGCAAAAAACGAAAUGCUGGAGGCAAAGUUGGUGGUGUAUGAGGAGCAACAGAGGACACUACAGGCAGACUUGGAGCAGUUCACCAAGAGGGCUGCCUCUCAGGCAAGUGAAUCAGGCAGCGCUGAUGACACUCAGAGCCAGGUGCUGGAGUGGCAGGAGAUGGUAGCUGAGGUGGUCAGUGCCAGAGACCGGGCCAGGGAGGAGAAGGCUGCCUUGUCCCUCCGUAUCAGCCACAUGGAGGAGGAAAGAGAGGCACUGGUCACUCGGCAGCAGGAGUUGGAGGAGGAGUUGGCUCAAGCUCGGGGGCUCGAUCAGCACAGGGCCAAGAAGCUGGCGCUUCCAUCCCAGCGAAGUCUGCAGGAGGACUUUGAGCUCCACGGGCAGGCCCCGUUUCAGGAUCCUCGAAGUAUCUCAGAGAGUACCACUCCAAUGGAAGGGGAGAACAUGGGAGGUUGGUGGCCCGAGUACAGUACUCCUGACACAGAUGGCCUGCGGUCUGUUGUGGAGGAGCUGGAGCUGGAAAGAAACCAACUACAGGAGCAGAUACUGAGCCUGGAGGAGCGCUGCCAGGACCUGGAGGAUCGACUGCAGCUGCAGGCCCGUAUAGAGGCAUUACAGAACGAGUCAGACAAACUGCAGAGCCAACUUGCAAGUGUCAGAAGUCAACAAAGCAGAGAGGCAGAGAAGCAUCAGCUGCUGGUUAACAGUCUCAAUGAACAGCUCAAAGGGCUGACUGACACACAGGAGUGCCUGCAAAGUUCCCUGAUUGAGAAGGAGAAUACUUUGGCCAAGACAUCUGAGAAACUUGAGCUCAUCAGCAGCCUUCGACAAUCACUGAGUGAAAAAGACAUUCAGUGCAAAGAGCUGUCUGACAAGCUCCUUCAGACUGAGCACACUUUUGAGAACAUUUCCAUGAAAUACGCUACAUCAGAGAAACAAUGCUCUGAGUUGAAAGCAGAAGUUAUGGAUCUCACACAAAAGCUGAGUGUGCUGAAAGAGAAGACGCAAAAACAAGAUGUCACCAUUGAAACAUUACAAACUGACCUUGAUCAGACAAACGAGGAGCUGGACAAAUUGAACACCUCGCAUUUGGAGGAACGAGCCCAGCUCAUUUAUGACCUUCAAAGCUGUGAGCGGGAAAUCGAUAACCUUAAAGAUGCUCUGCUGGAAAAGGAUAAAGAGAUAUCAACUCUUGUUGGGAACAUGGCUGAGUAUGCAGAGCAGGUCACAGCACUGAAACAAGAGAUCAAACUCAAAGAGGAGAGCCUGGUACAAGUAGAAAAUGCACUGAGUAAGGCAGAGAGGGAGGCUAAUAUAAUGAAAGAAUCACAGAGUUCAGACCAGCAGGCCCUUAAUAAUAAGAUCACAGAGCUGGUGGAGAAACUUAAGGAAGCUGAGAUGGAGAUGGUCAAGGCCGGAGAUGAACGAGAGUCUAAAGGAGUUGAGGUGGAACACUUAAUCAAGCAGGCUGAAAAGGAUAAGACGACUAUUCAGGACCUUCGAGGAGAAAUCCAGAAGCAGAAUGUGAGCCAUCAUAAUCAUCUUUCUGAAUGUGAAACGCACAUCACUUCACUAAAGGAGCAGCUGGCAAUAUCUGCACAGAAACUACAGGAGUCAGAAGGACUUGUUUUGCAGCUUAAGGAUAGAAAUGCAAGUAAUGAGAAACUACAGCAAGAGCUUAAUGACAAAGAGCAGACGUAUGAAAAGGAGCUCAAGUCUUUCAAGGAAGAACAGAAUAAGCUUUUGGCACAGGUGGAGAAGUAUAACAAUGACUUUCAGACCUUAUCAAAGCAAUUAGACGAGCAAGUUCUGAGUGAAGAGAAUGUCAAGCAAGUAAUGCAAGAGAAAAUGGAAAAGAUGGCAUCACUCGAAAACCAGCUAAAGGACGAGAGGCAGAAAUUCAACACUGAAAAUGAGAGACUGUGCAAUGAACUUCAAAGCAGAUCUGAAAAUAUCUCCAAGCUUGAAAAUCUCUUAAAAAGCAUGACGACUGAAAAAGAGCAGCUCCAAGAAAACCUGAAGGGGCUGAAUGAGGAGCUUGAACUCGAACGUAGGAAUUUAAAAGAGCUAAAUGAAAAGGUUACAUCUGCUCUUGAAUUCAACAGCAGUCUGGAGAAUCAAGUGCAAGUCCUUACAAAAGAGAGAGACGGGCUUGAAUUGGAAGUAACUGAGCAUGUCAAAAAUAUUUCACAGGCUACAGCCGAGAUGGAUUCCUUGCAUGUCAAAAUAUCUGAAUUGGAAAUGCAACACUCACAAAGUAACACAAUUAUUCAAGGGCUACAAAAAGAUAAAGAGGAGCUAACUACUCGAACUCUUGAGCUAAAUAGAGUUCUUGAGCAAAGCACACAUUCAACCUCUGAGAUCAUGUUGGCAAAAACAAAUGAAUGUAGUUCGCUCCAGCAGCUACUCAGGGAAAGAGAGGAGACAGUGACCCAGCAGCAGGAAGAGGUGCAAAGCUUGACGUCUAAGAUAGACAAAAUGCAGCGCGACCUCGCUGAAAAAGAGCAGACUGUCACUGAACUUCAAGCACGAAUAGAGGCCCAACAAAAUGAGCAAGCACAGCUUAUGGAAACUCUGUCUCUGCUUCAGGAACAACAAAGUAGUCUGAAGUCUGGGUUAUUGGAGAAGGAUGCAAUGUAUAAACAGAAGCAGGAGGAGUUCCAGAGUUUGCAGAAGGAAACUGAAAACCAGAAAAAUAUUGCGUCCAGGCUACAAGCUGAGGCGGAAUCGCUCAUUGAGGAACGCUCACAACUCAGAGAGCAACUGGGAGAGAGAGACGAAAUGUUGAAAAAGUCAACUCAGGAAUGUCAGAAGCACAAAGAUGAACUGAAUAACAAAAACACAACUAUCAGGUCUCUAAGUGACCGAGUCAGUGUCAUGGAGGAAAAUGCUAGAAAGCUUGAGUGUGAAGCUGAUCAGAGCAAAACAGAAUUGGCUAGUUUAAAAAGCCACACCCAAGCUUUGUCCGAGGAGAACCGCCAGCUUCGUGCUGCAUGUGAAUCCAAAGAAAAGGAGCUUGCACAACGAAGGCAGCUUCUGUCUGACCUUGAUGGGCAGCUUAAAGCGACCCUUGACCAGAACUCCAGCUUUAGCAUGAAGAUUAGCAGUCUAACAGAAAAUAAUCAAAGACUACAGGAAGAGUUGGCACAGAACAUGAAAUCAGUUUCCGAACUUACUGCUGAGAGACUUGUUCUCCAAGAAAAAACUUCUGACCUUGAAAUUCAGAUUUCAGAUAGUCAAAAAACAGUUGCUAGCCUGUUGAAGGAGAAAGAGGAGCUCGCUGCAGCAACAGAUGAAUUAAAAAAGGUCCUCAAGGAAAGCAAACAGGCAAUCUCUGUAGGUCUACUCGAGAAAACAAACGAAUGUGCUAAUCUGUUGAAAAAUCUGAGGGAGAAAGAGCAACAGCUUCAGAGUUUACAAGAGCAGAUCGAUAGUUUAAAAAUGCAGGUCGAUCAGCUGAGCAUGUCCUUGGUUGAAAAAGACCAAACUGUGUCAGAGCAGACUUCACAGAUAAUGGCCCAGCAGGACCAGCUGCUGCAGCUUCAGGAUACUGUAUCUAUGCUUCAGGAGCAGGGAUCAGUUUUAAAGUCAGGACUAAUGGAAAAAGAUGUCAUGCUGCAGCAGAAAGUUGAGGAAUGUAGUGUAUCUCUGAAUGAAGUCAAGCUACAGAAAGAGCUCUCAUCACAGAUGCAGGUUGAGGUAGAGUUGCUCAGGAAAGAAUGUGUGGAGGCCAAACAACAACUACAGCAGAAAGAACAAACACUGAAAGAAGCAACACACGAAUUUCAGAACCACAAAGAUGAGCUGAAUAAACGAAAUGAAUCUGUCAUUUCGCUCAGUGCUCAGCUUGGGGCCAUGAAUGAGAGCGCUUCAGAGAUGGAGGUGGAAAUUACUAACCUGAAGGCAUCUGUGCAGAAACUCACUGCAGAAAAUUGUCAGCUGAUCCAGGACGAGGGCCAGAGGAAAGCAGAGGUAACUGAUUUUCAUGACAACAUUCAAGCCCUCAGUGAACAGAAUGUUCGAUUGAAAUCUGAACUUCAGAAAGCAGUGGCAGAGCUGGCCAAAGCAAACGAAGAAGCUGCAAAUCUCAACUUGGAAAUCCAAGGAAUAAAUGACACCCUGAAACAGCAGGAGAAUUCGAUCCAGCAGCUCAACAGUGAGAUUGCUGCGCGGGGGGAGCUGCUGAAAGAGAAAGAAGGCACAAUUUUGGAGCUUGAAGAUUCUGUGUGUACACUCAGAGGCCAAGUUGACAGUCUGACAUCAGAGUCUUCCAUACUAAAGAAUAUUUUGGAGAAAAAGGAGGAGUCAAGUCUUGAAUAUCAAAGUACUUCUUCCGCUGCCUUUGAUAGUCUGACUUCACAUCUACAAGCCAAAGAGGCAGAAUGUGAGAGCUUGAAAGAAAAGAUAUCACACCUUGAGGAAUCUGUCUCAAAGCUCAACAGCAACCUGGAAGUACAGACAUCUGAAGUGACAAACCUCAAAAUGGCCUUGGAAGAAAAAGAAGCAGCUCUUUUGGAACAAGCGAAAGCUCUCCAGGACUUCCAGAAAAGAGGAGACGAAGCAUUGCUGUUCAAAACUCAGUUCAUGGAAAGUACAGAGUUGGCAUCACAGCUGCAAAGUCAAAUGCAGUUACUGUCCACUGAGUCUGAAAAAUGUAGAAAGACAGCAGAAGAAACCCAAAGUGCCUUCAAUAACCUGCAGGAGAAAUAUGCUGCCACCUUAGAAGAGUUACAAGACUCGAGGAAGCAACUCUCUCAAAGGACAGAUGAGGUGUCUGAGCUCCGGAUGUCAUUGCAUGAUUCUAAUAACGAAUAUCAGACUGCAAAGACCACCGUAGAGACACUGAAAAGUAACUUGCAUGUGAUCCAGGAGAAACUGGGGAAAGCUGAGGAUUUGAACUCCAGUCUUUCAAAGGAAAAAGAUGACGCAUUUGCUUCGCAUCAAGCGAGCGUGUCAUUGUUGACUGUCGAAAUAGAAAGACUCAAAUCACAGCAUCUUCAGGUCGUGGCACAGAUGAAUGCACUGACAGAAAACCUCGAGCAGAGAGAAAUGGCUCUCCACGCAAUCAAUAGUCAGUACAGCGCCCAGGCCAAACAUGCAUCUCAGCUGGUUUCAGAAAUGCAGAAGUUGGAAGAGCAGAAUAAGAGCCUGAAUGAGGAGAUAGGAUUGUCAAAGGAAGAGAAUCAGAAACUUCACAUUGCUCUCAGUAAUGAAAACACACAUUUGAAAGAGGAAUUUAGGAAACUUUUUGCAGAGAAAGAAGAGCUAGAAAGAAGACGUCAACAAACGCUGGCGGAGCUGCAGGUUCAAAUGGAGCAGAAAUCCAGCAGCGUGAAUGAACUCGUGGAGAGAAUGACGUCCGAGAAGCAGAGCCUUCAAGCAAAGGGGAUACAUCAGAAGAUGGACGAACUGCAACAAACGGCACACAAAGAAGUGAGAAGCCAGCAGGAAGCAACAGUGGAUCAGAGAUCUGAUGCUGAGCCGAAGGACCUGCCAGUUAAACAGGAAAGCGGUCUGGAGGAGGUGGUGAGUCGAUUGGAUGCAGAGAGGAGGCAGCUUCACAGAGAUCUGCAGCGCUGUAUGUAUGAGAUUCAGCAGCGAGACCAGUACUUCCAGCAGCUCAACACAAAGUUGCAGGAGGCAGUGGAGGAGAAAGCUGCUGUUACAGCUCAGCUAAGGGCUGUUUCCCAGACUCUGAGGGACACCCAGAAUCGAUGUCAUUGGCUGGAAAGCCAAGGCCGGGUGCAGGGUUUACUUCACACUGAAGUUGCACCAGGGGCUCCACAGGAGAAGAGCAACGACUCCAUGUUAAGUGAAAGUGCUGAAGCCAGUCAGCUGAGAGAAAGGCUGCUGGAGGUGGAGCUGAGUCUGGCAGAUGAGAGAGCCAGGAGAGAGACGACCGAGGAGGCUCUGCGUCUUGCUGAGGACAGAGUAAAGAGUGCUGCCUCCAGUCUGUCCAGGGACAGUCACAGAGACUUCAGCAUCGAGAUGGAAGCUGAAGAGGAGUGGGAAGCUCUAACUCUCAACCCAAACCAGCCUCUCAUAACUCGAAAGGUGAAAGGAGGGAUGGUGGCGUGUCGACGGUGGCUCCGAGGCCGGAGCCUUUACUUCUCCAGGCUGCUGACGAGUCGCACUCGCUCUCGAUAUUUCUUUCUGGCUUACUUGUUCACCGUACAUGUGCUCGUUCUCAUGUGCCUCACUGGAACCCUGUAGGCAAAGUCGUUCCUGGACAAAACACAAACUGGCUGAAGGGUACAUAUGAAAGCUAACAGAGAUUUCAGUGAAUAACUUUGUGCAUACACAGUAAAACCUGAAACUGACACAUUGUUCUCUUUUAAAUGUAAUGGUAAUGGGGGGGCGGGGACGACAGUUUGUUUGCAUCUGAUUUAAGUUUUCUUAUGUUUGUAAGUAGACCAAGCCUUAAAGCCGUUGGCUUUGCUUGCCUUCAAUUUCUUUUCUUUCAUUUUUUAAGAGCCACACUGGACAGGAGACGAGAAAAGAGUUUGUUUGAUGUGACCCUCGUGGAAAAGCUGCACAGUUUGCAGAAAGCCAUAUACACCCGUACUUAACACUAAGAAAUCUCCUGCACACACCAGCUGCUGCUUUUCUUGUUUGCCUGAGUUCGUGUGUUGCACACGAUCACAUAAUCAAAAUGCUGAGUUUAAACUAUGCACUGAAACUCCAAAUGUGUAUGUAAUCAUUUUGUGGAAGCUCCGAAGCACUACACCUCUCCCACUCUGUUCCCUUUAAACUGUAAAGCCAAAGGUGUCUGUAUUGUUACUUUGGCGAGCACCCUCAUGCCUGUAAAAGCUAGUGGGAGACAUAAUAUUCUCGAGUUAACGCCAGUAUCAUGGUGUGCCAUUGAAAUUGUACUGCAACGCAGUAGCAGGUACGAGUUGUUUGUAUUUAAGUGUAUUUAUGUCUGCAUCCACACAUGCACGCUGUACAGUAUGUCACAUUUCUGUACAUAUGAUUUUUAUCCUGUCUGCUUGAUGUUUAUUGACUGUAAAUUUCUUCUUGAUUGUUCAGAGGUUAAAAACAGGUUGGUAAGAAUUUUUUUUUCUAAAAUAACUUCGACUAACAAGCCAGAAUUCUCUUUGUGUAGGUUCAACUAAAAAAACACAAACAGUGCAAAUGAGCGUCAGGAUCUGUUUUCUGGCUUGUUAGUUGAUGCAUUUUUGUUGAAAAAUGCAGUUCUGCACAUGUUUGUGUUAUAAGUAUCUGUAUAUAAAAGGUUCAAUCAAC